AUGUCAGAAAUUCAUUAGAAGUAUUAUUACUUUAUUUUAACUUCUAAAUUUAGCUAGUUAAGAAUAUUUAAUAAGGUAAGAAAUUAUAAGCUAUAAAUUAUAGAAGAAUAAGAAUGAUAAAAAUUAUAAAUAGAAGAAGUUUUUUCAAAGACUUUACAUCAUUAAACUAUUAAUAGAGAAAUUUAAUAGAGUAAAAAUAUUAUAGAAUUCGAAUGCCUAAUUUCGAAUUUAAUUUAUGAUCUUAGAAAAAUUACAAAUUAAAUCUCAUUGA